UAAAUAUUAUGUAUUGUGCAGAUAAUUAUAUAAGUUGCGCAAUCAUUUACGUUUUGAAUAUAUUUGGUUUGCUUUUGGUUUUGGGGAUAUUGUUCAAAAACAGGGAAUAUUAUUUAAGAGAAUGGAAAAGAAUAAGACAAGUCAUUAAGGAUUACACAAUGUAAGAAAAAGUAAUAAGAUUAUCAUAGAGACUAUCGAAGCGAUGGAAAUCUGCCAAUAUUUGCAAAGUUUGUAGGUGUUUUAAUAGGUUUUUGCAUCUUAAUAACAGCGAGCAUAGUUUCUGUAUUAAAUUUCAUAUAUCAAAGAUAAUUAUGUGGGACAUGAGUUUUGGAUUUAUGGAAAUUUCCAAUAUAUUUGUAUGGACUUUAUGUGCAUUCCUAUUUUACAUUGAUUAUCGUUCUAUAUUCAAAUUUUCUAAGUAUUAAAUUCCUUAUUAUCAAGACAAUUGCGUCUAGCUUUAGCCAUUAUAUUUGUUAUUUAGUUGUCUUCAGGCAUAGUAUUUGGAAUAGAGAGGAACUUAGAAAAGGAAAAUAGGGGAUUUGAUGAAUUAACCGUUGAAGCAUCAGUGUAUUUAUGCAAUUUCCUAAUUAUGCUUGUCAUUAAUAUAAUAAGCUUAUUCUUUCCAAAGUUUGAUUAUUAAAAGGUUAGCAAGAAUAGCGAUGACAAUAUAUUUAUCAGAGUCAAUAGUUUACAACAACAUUUGGUGAGUGAUGAUUCAUAAUCUUCAUCAAGUUCUAGACAGAAUUCAAUUGUCACUCCAAAUCAAAGACAAUCAAUAUCUAAGACUCCAAAGAGAAGCUAAUCAUUUUUAGAUUAGUUAGAGGAAUUAACUAAAGAGGAGGGAUCUUAAAGUUCCAUAGGAUCAGGCAUAUAAAAGUUAAAACAGGAAUAAUCAGGAUUAAUAGAUCCAACCUAUGGGUUAAAGAAGGAAGAAGAGGCUAUUUAAAAGGAGAAAGAACAAAAAGAAUUGAUGAGUUAAAUUAUGGAUAUGCACAAAUAGUUAGAUGAAAAGUUGAACAAAUUAAAAUAGGAUAAUGAAAUCAAUUAAUAGUAAUAAAAUGUGCCUCCACAAUAAGAAAAUGAACAAAUCAUAUAGGAAUAAAAUGUUAAUUAAGAACAAUUAAAUCAAUAGAAAUAAUAGGAUUUAAAUUUAAAAUCAAAAUAUGAAAUUCAAAGCAUAAAGAUUGAAGGAUUUGAAGAAAUCAAAAAAUAAGGGAAAAGAUUCAUAUAUUUCAAGAUCUUCUACUUUUCUAAUUCUAAAUAAAGACAGGUAAGAACUGAACAUAAUUUGAAAGAAUUCUAAUAAUUAAGAUUAGCCUUAUAAUAAAUAUAUGUGGAUCAUUCUUUUCCAGAAAUACCUGAAAGAAAGCCCAACGAAAGAUUGAGUGGCAAAGAAGUCGCAAGUAGAAGUGAAGCCCUCGAAAAGUUUUUAUAGUUUAUAGUUAAGCAUCAGAUGCAAUGUCCAACAUUAGAUAAAUUCUUAGAGGAAACAUCAGGUCCUAUUCAUGUAGAGGAUGAAAGUAAGUUGUUUACUGAUAUUUUAGAGGAAGCUAAUAUAGACCAAGUAUUAAAAGAUAAAUCAUUUGAUGACUUUUUGGAAGUAAGAAAAGCAAGCGUAGCAUCAAAACAAAGUUAUCUGGAGAAAGAUUACAAUGACGAUAGCUUUGAUCCAAAAAGUAGCAUGGCCGCUGCCUCAUAUGAUUAGUCAUAGUUUUUUUAACGUAAUAAUGAUCGAUUUUCUACUACUAUUACUUAAGGAGGGGGAAAUGGGCAUAAAUUCAUAAUUAAGGAAGUUAAAACACUCUAAUAAAUUACUGUAUGAAAUAAUAAUAAAAUAGUAUUAUAAAAUUGAGGCAGUAAUAAAUGGACAGACAGUGGCAACAGCAUAAAAGAGGUAUAAUGAUUUUAAGGAAUUGUACAAAAAAGUAAGAAUGAUUUAACUUUUUAGUUGUAGGGCAGGUAAUACUAAAUUCCACCUUUGCCUGAUGAACCAUCUUCAAAAUAAUAAGAUAUUGUAACCUAUAGAUAAGAGGCUUUAGCCUAAUUUUUAAAUACAUUGUAUUAAAAUAAAUCAGUAAAAACAAAUAUGGUUUUUAAAGACUUUGUAGGUAUUUGA